UGUCAUCAGUAAGUUGGCAGUUAGGAGAUUUCUGAUUAGGGAUCAGAGGUAGAUCUGAUGUAUUAAAAGACUCCUUCUUCUGAGGAAGAAUAGCCAGAACUAUAAUCAUAUAGAGUGAUUACAUAUAUAUAUAUAUAUCUGACAGGAUAUUUAAGAAAAGGAAUGACAUACUAUUUAGUAUUUGAAUAGAUAUUGUUUUUAUUAUUAUGUAAAUAAAAACAGUUUAUUUUGAACUGCUAGUAAGUCUCAGAUGUUAUAGUAGAUUGUUAUAGAGAUAAGGUUUUAUGGUACAUUGAUUUAACCUCCACGACAAGGAGGUUGGACUAGAAGACCACCAAGAUCCCUUCCAGAUCUAUUCUGAUUGAUUCAUCUUGAAAGCUGCAGCCUUGAAUUGGCUUGUGGGCGCAGCAGGAACAGGUCAAUGGGUAUGUUUUGUGGUGAGGGAGAAGAUCCAGUUUGGUGUAGUGGUGAAGGCAUCAGGUUGGAGACAGAGAAACGCUCAAUUCCAGUCCCACCUAAAGGGCAAAACCAUCUGCUCAACUUUGGCCAGUCCUCUCAGCCCUUGGAAGCAGGAAAGGGGGGGAACCCCCUCCCAAAAACCCUUGCCAAGGAAACUGCAAGGCCAGGCAUCAAGACUGACCCAAAGGCACCAAAGCGUCGCGUUUCACUAUUUCACUUGAUUCAGUUGCAAAGGUCGGUUGCUAGGAGUCGAAAAGGACCUGCUGCCACGUAAUCAGUGAAAACAUCUUCCAAACGCUUUGGUGGAGAUCGGACAAAGCGUGUUUUUCCACCUCCUGUCGCUAGAUGGCGAUCAGGCAACAUCUGUGCCUAGAAAGCCAUCCACACUUCAGAGCAAUCAGUGCUUGAGCUUGAAAAAGGAGUUUUUAAACCAUCGAGUACUUCAUUGCUAGAAAGGAGGGGAUGGGAGGAGAGGUGCAGAGGAACUUCCUCUUCUGGAUGAUUGAUGGGAGGAAGUUGGUGUGCAGAGCGGCUUUUGUGCUCUUCCCAGGGUCGAAGCAGCAGCUGGCAGACAAAGAGGAUGGCAAUAAGAGCAUUCUGGACAGCAUUCUGGUUCUUGGAAGGAAGAAGAAGGAGAGAAACUCUACAAGUGCUCCCAAUGCAGUAAAUGCUUUAGCAAGCAUGGCAACGUGGACUCACACCAAGGAGAAACCAUUUGAAUGUCCUGAGUGGGGGAAAUAUUUCAAUAGAAAUUCCAACCUCAUUAGACACCAGAGAAUUUGCACAGGUGAGAAACCCUUUGAAUGUCCUGAUUGUGAGAAAAGUUUCUCUCAGAAUUCCCAGCUCAUGAGACACCAGAGGACUCACACAGGUGAGAAACCCUUUGAAUGUCCUGACUGUGGGAAAAGUUUCAGUCAGAAUUCCACCGGUAUUAGCUACCAGAUGAUUCACACAGGCAAGAAACUCUGUAAAUGUCUUGAAUUUGGGAAUAGUUUCAGUUGGAAUUCUGACCUCAUUGCACACCAGAGGACUCACACAGGAGAAAAACCCUUUGAAUGUCCUGUUUGUGGGAAAAGUUUCAGUCAGAAUUCCAGCCUGAUAAUACACCAGAGGACUCACACAGGGGAGAAACCAUUUCAAUGUCCUGUUUGUGGGAAAAGUUUCAGUGAGAAUUCCAGCCUGGUGAAACAUAAGAGGACUCACACAGGAGAGAAACCGUUUCAAUGUCCUGUUUGUAGGAAAAAUUUCAGUCAGAAUUCCAGCCUGGUGACCCACCAGAGGACUCAUACAGGAGAGAAACCUUUUGCAUGUCCUGAUUGUGGGAAAUGUUUCAGUCAGAUUUCCAAUCUGGUUACACACCAGAGGACUCACACAGGCGAGAAACCCUUUGAAUGUCCUGAUUGUGAGAAAAGUUUCAGUACCAAUUCCAGCCUGGUGAAACACAAGAAGACUCACACAGGAGAGAAACCGUUUCAAUGUCCUAAUUGUCAGAAAAAUUUCAACAAGUGUUCCCACCUCAAUAGGCACAAGAGGAUUCACACAGGAGAGAAACCCUUUGAAUGUCCUGACUGUGGGAAAAGUUUCAGUCAGAAUUCCAGCCUCAUUAGCCACAAGAGGAUUCACACAGGAGAGAAACCCUUUAAAUGUUCUGACUGUGGGAAAUGUUUCAGUCAAAAUUCCAACCUUAUAAGCCACCAGAGGACUCACACAGGAGAGAAACCAUUUGAAUGUCCUGAUUGUGGUAAAAGUUUCAGUCACAAUUCCAUCCUGGUGACCCACCAGAGGACUCACACAGGAGAGAAACCUUUUGCAUGUCCUGAUUGUGGGAGAAGUUUCAGUCAGAUUUCCAAUCUGGUUAUACACCAGAGGACUCACACAGGAGAGAAACUCUAUGAGUGUCCAGAGUGUGGGAAAGAUUUCAGUACCAGGAGUAACCUUAUAAAUCAUGUCCGUAUACACAUAGGGGAGAAACCAUUUAAGUGUCCCAAGUGUGGACGGUCCUUCAGGCAACAUUCCACCCUUACUGAACACAAGAAAAUUCACCUGAGGCCUCAAGUGAUGAGUGUAGAGAAGGCUUGAAUUUCAUUUCUAAUGUCCCAUUGUAAGUCCAGCUGAGAAACUGACUCUUUAAUUUUACUACAAAUUCUUUUUGUAAUGGUAUUUGCCUGAUUUUUUGUAGGCAAAUAUGUAAUGAUAUUAGGCGGGAAGGAGAAAAGAAGAAAUUGCAACAUAUUAGUUUGAUAAUGGCUAUCUGGCCAUCAGCAGAAGAAGUUGCUGGAUAUUUAUUUUUGCAGAAAUUGUGCAAUUAUGUAAAAAUAUUUUGGGAGUGGUGUUUGCAUUUUUACCGUGGUAGAUAAUAUAAAUGCCACAUACAGAAUCCCAGCCUUUUUCUUCCUUGUUUGAUCCGAGAUUUUUAGCCUCAGAAUUUUCCAGCCAGCAUGUGUUGGGGAUAGGAGCACUCAGACUAUAGUUAGAGAUUGUGGCUCCACAUAUAAGGAGAAAGCGAGAGGAGAACAGAAGUAAAGGAGUUUAAAAGUUCAUUUUUUCCUAAGAGCUCCUGGAAUUCAGUGCACCAAGCAUAUCUGUUCAGAUUGUGUCAAGAAUGAGGCACGCAAGUGGAAGAUACCAUAUGAAUAGCAAAUAUAUCGGGGGAGUUUGGGGCAGUGACAAAAGCAGUGUAAAAUUUCAGAUGUAACAGCUGUUGUGCCUUGCAAAGUGACCUUCAUUGAGAAAAGCUAUAGGAAUAUUGAAUUGAGAAAAGGGAUUGUGGUUUUUUUAAAAAAACUUUUUAUAUUUUAAACAAAUCAAAAACAAAAAAACAACCAUCAUCCAUUACAAUCACAAAAAAUGUAUUGAUCGGUUACAAUUCUUUUGUGCUUAAUCUCAUAUCCAAGAUCCCGAAUUUGCAAGCUAAAUGUUGGAGAUGUGAAUGUGAUGAUGCAACUUAUUAUCAUAUAUGGUGGACCUGUAAGAAAAUCAAGGCAUUUUGGAUAAAAAUUUGGUGGGUGAUGCAGAACAUUCUGAAAAAAAGGUUGAAAUUUACUCCUCAAUUGUUUUUAUUGGGUAUAACGACGGAUUAUACAGUAUUAGAGACUAAACUGAUCUUGAACUUAAUAUCAGCAGCUAGGCUGUUGGUAGCGCAAUACUGGAAGAAGGACUUUUUGCCUACUAUUGAAGAGUGGAUACUGAAAGUAAUUAACUUAGCAGAAAUGGCGAAAAUCUCAGCGUAUUUGAAGGACUAUACAUAAGAAAGAUACGUAUCGGAAUGGAGAAGAUGGAUUGAUUAUAUUCAAAAUAAGUAUCAGACAAGAAAAUAUCAAAUAGCUUAUGAAUGAAUGUUACAUUUUAUUUUAGAAGUAUUAUGUUAUGCAUAGUGGAGUUAAGGUUUCAGGGGGGGAUUAGGUAGUUUAAGAAUAGUUAGGCUAAUUUAGCUUAUGAUUGUUAAUUGAAAUACCCUGUAUUUUGCUCUGGGAAGUCUGGGGGGGAGAGUGGGAUGGGAAGGG